GACACAGAUUAAACAAUGCCAUUAUAAAGGAGGCUGUCAAGCAGCACUCUACACUUUUACCUGAAGCCCACUUCACCUGGACACUAACUAUGGGGUGGACAGCUCUGUGGUUGUGUGUUCUCGCUCUGCCACUAACGAGCGCCAUCCAGGUGAAAGCCAAGAAAGCGCGCCAGUCCAACCAUGUGAACAGCAUCUGCAGCACCUGGGGCAGAGAGCACUUCAAGACCUUCGAUGGAGACGUGUACCAGUUCCCAGGGACGUGUGAAUACAACCUGGCCUCCGACUGCCACUCUGAGUCCUACCAGGAGUUCUCUGUGCACCUGAAGAGGAACGAGGCUACUGAGGCUGAGGGGAACCCUACGGUCAAACACGUAGUGGUCACUAUCAACGACCUGGUCUUCCACCUGACCAAGACUCAGGUCGCGGUCAACGGAGAAAUUGUAACUCUGCCGUACUACAAUGGAGGAGUCCAACUGGAGAGGAAUGCAGUUUACACCAAACUCUACUCCAAGGUUGGCCUGGUUGUCAUGUGGAAUGGAGAAGAUGCCGUCAUGGUGGAGCUGGACACGGAGUAUACCAACCGUACCUGUGGUCUCUGUGGAGACUUUAAUGGCCUUCCAGUCCACAAUGAGUUUAUUCAUAAUGGUCGUAAAGUGAGCCCCAUUGAGUUUGGAAACAGGCAGAAGGUCCACAGGCCCAACGAGGAUUGUGAAGACCCCUAUGAAGAGGAAGAGGAAGAUGAACCUGCAGACGUUCAGCCUAAAGAGGACACGUGCAAGGAGUUUCAUGCCCAGUGUGACCAGCUCCUGCGCUCGCCGUUGUGGAGCUCCUGUGGUGCGGUUGUGAACCCUGAGCCCUACAUCCAGGCCUGUGUUCAGGACCUGUGUGGCUGCAGCAACACUUCUGAUAGCUUCUGUGUCUGCAGCACCCUGGCAGAGUACUCCAGACAGUGCUCCCAUGCUGGGGGACAGCCACCCCACUGGAGAACAACAGCCUUCUGUGACAAGCAGUGUCCGUUCAACAUGGUGUAUCUGGAGAGUGGCUCUCCCUGCAUGGAUACCUGUACCCACUCAGACACCAGCUCACUGUGUGAAGAACACCUGAUGGACGGCUGCUUUUGCCCUCACGGGACUGUGUUUGAUGACAUCUCAAAGCGGGGGUGUAUCACUCAGGACCAGUGUCAGUGCAAACAUGACAAAGUUUACAACUCUGGAGAAGUAUUCAGACAGGACCGUGAGGAAUGUGUCUGUCACCAUGGUCAGUGGUCCUGUAAAAGUCUUCCCAGCCCUGCUACAUGUGCAGUUGAGGAGGGUUCACACGUGACGACCUUCGAUGGAAAAGCAUACACCUUCCAUGGGGACUGCUACUACCCCUUAGCCAAGGUGGAAAGCAAGGAUGAAAACAGUCCAAAGUUCACUGUGCUGGUCCAGCUGGUUCCCUGUAUAAGACAGAAGUUUGACACUUGCCUCAAGAGUGUUGUGGUUUUGCUAAACAAUGAUAGAAACAACGCUUUGGUGAUUACCGCCGAUGGGAAAGUCAGCCACAAUGCACAGAUCACUCUGCCUUACAAUACAGCUGGCAUCAGUGUGUUCAAGCCGUCAUCCUUCCACAUAAUGCUCCAGACCAGCUUUGGGCUGCAGGUUCAGAUCCAGCUGGUCCCUAUCAUGCAGGUCUAUGUCACCCUGGAUGAGAGCUACAAGAGCAAGACACAAGGUCUGUGUGGGAACUUCAACAAGGUUCUGUCUGAUGACAUGAAGACCCCUCAGGGUAUGGUGGAGGGAACAGCCUCUUCAUUUGGGAACUCCUGGAAGGCUAAUCCUACCUGCAAAGACAGAGAGGAGAGGCUGGAUGACCCCUGCUCCCUCAGUGUGGAGAAUGAGAACUAUGCUAAACAUUGGUGCUCCAUGCUAAGAAGUUCUGACAGCACUUUUGCCAAGUGCCAUGCCAUGGUGGACCCCGAGCUUUACUACAAGCGAUGCACGUACGCUAGCUGCAACUGUGAGAAGAGUGAAGACUGCCUGUGUGCCGUCUUUUCAUCCUAUGUGCGAGACUGUGCCACCAAGGGAGUGGUCCUGUCGGGCUGGAGAGAGAACGUGUGUGACAAAUACACUGGUAACUGCCCAGCGUCUCAGACCUACUCUGACCAUCUCCAGAGAUGUCAGCUGACCUGUAGCUCCCUGGCCAGCAAACGGCAGGGUUGUACCAACGACUUCCUCCCCGUGGAUGGUUGCUCCUGCCCGGACGGACUCUACAUGGAUGACAGGGGCACCUGUGUACCCAUGGACAAAUGCCCCUGCUUCCACAACGGGGUCCACAUCAAGCCUGGGAAGUCCAUCAACAUUCAGGAGGAGCACUGUGUCUGCAACAAUGGGAAGCUUCACUGCCGUUCCUGGAAAAUGCGUUCAGAGAGUACCUGCCAGUCGCCAAAGGUGUUCUUGAACUGCUCCAAUGACCUGGGAGUACAGUGUUCACGGAGCUGUAGGAACCCGGAUUUCAUGGACUGUUUCUCCGCAGAGUGUGAGUCUGGGUGCAAGUGUCCCAUGAGUCUGUGGGAGGAUGGGAAAGGUAUGUGUGUGAAAAAACAUGAAUGCCCAUGCAGCCAUGAUGGAUUCCUCUACGCCCCAGGAAAACAGAUCCCAAACGGAUGUAACACUUGCACCUGUAAGAGUGGGAAAUGGGACUGCACAGAUAAGAAGUGCCCAGGAACCUGUAGCAUCUAUGGCAGUGGCCAUUACAAAACCUUUGAUGAGCGCACGUAUGGCUUCCAAGGAAAAUGUGGCUAUGUGGCUGUCCAGAACAAAUGUGGGAACCAGCCUGGCCAGGACAAAUUCAUGGUGAUCACAGAAAACAUACCGUGUGGAACCACAGGCACCACUUGCUCCAAGUCUGUCAGGGUUCAACUGGGGAGAACAGAGCUGAAACUAUCAAAGAAGACCUAUGAAGUGGUGGACCUAGGAGUGGGCUCUCAGAUCCAGUACCGAGUGAGGACCGUCGGUCUGUACCUGAUUGUUGAGUCAGACAUUGGGAUCGCAGUGCUGUGGGACCGCAAAACUACCGUCCGCAUCAUCCUGGAGCCACAGCAUAGUGGAGCAGUGUGCGGCCUGUGUGGGAACUAUAAUGGAGACGGCAGAGAUGACUUCACCACGCAAGGUCAGCUGAUAGUCAGCAGUCCUGUGGAUUUUGCUAACAGCUGGAAAGUGUCAAGCACUUGUCCCGACGCAGAAAGCAACGUCGACCCAUGUGGAGCCAGACCCAACCGUCACAACUGGGCUAAGAUGCAGUGCAGCAUCAUCACAGGAAAGACUUUCCAAUCGUGCCACAAGAAGGUAGAUCCUACUCUGUUCUUUGAGAACUGUGUGAAAGACUCCUGUGCCUGUGAUACUGGUGGAGACUGUGAGUGUUUCUGUACAGCUGUAGCAGCCUACGCCCAGGCCUGCACUGAAGCUGGAGUCUGUGUUGCAUGGAGAACACCAGAAAUUUGUCCUGUGUUCUGUGACUACUACAACGAUCCAGGUGAAUGUGAAUGGCAUUACAGCCCUUGCCACACACCUUGCUACAAGACCUGUCAGAAUCCAAGUGGGACCUGUAACAACCCUCUUCCAAAUCUGGAAGGUUGUUACCCACAAUGCCCUCCAGAAACACCUAUAUUUGAUGAAGAGACCGGGGAGUGUGUUGAGGAAUGUAAUAAAACAACAACACUACCACCAUCAACAACACCAUGGACACCAACAACUACCACACUGACAACAGAACCUCCAACAACAACACCAAUACAACCAACAACAACACCACCAACAACCACACCAAUACCACCACCAACAACACCAACACCACAAACAACAACAACCACACCAAUGCCAACAACAACCCAACAAAACAACAAAAAAACCAAAUACAAAAAAUGCCACAACACACCACACCACCAACAACACACCAAAACAAACACCAAUGCAAACAAAACACCACAACAACAAAAAACACAAACAACAACACCAACACCACCAACAACAACAACAACACAAACAACAACACCAAUGCCACCAACAACAACAACACCAAUACCACCAACAACGACCACACCAAUACCAACAACAACAACACCCCCACCAACAACAACAACACCAAUACCAACAACAACACCAAUACCACCAACAACGACCACACCAAUACCAACAACAACAACACCCCCACCAACAACAACAACACCAAUAACACCAAUACCACCAACAACACCAACACCAACAACACCAAUACCACCAACAACGACCACACCAAUACCAACAACAACAACACCCCCACCAACAACAACAACACCAAUACCAACAACAACACCAAUAUCACCAACAACAACAACACCAACAACAACACCAAUACCAACAACACCAAUACCACCAACAACUACAACACCAAUACCACCAACAACUACCCCCCAGACAACAGAGCCAACAACUACUCCUUGUAUUCCUACCUGUGAGUGGUCAGAAUGGUAUGAUGAAGAUGAUGAUAAAGACAAGAGUGACUGGGAAACGUAUUGGAAUAUCACACAGAGUGGAAAAGAAGUGUGUGAAGAUCCACAGGAUAUUGAAUGUGUAGCUACAGACUACCCUGAUAUGAGCUUAGAGGACUAUGUAGCUUCGACAGGACAAGUUGUGGAGUGCGAUGUUGACUUCGGUUUAAUAUGUGAAGAAAAUAAACAGACUCAGAGACCAUAUAAGUGCAAGAACUAUAAGAUUAGAGUCCUCUGUUGCGUUGAAUGUUUAUCAACAACAUCACCAAAACCAACAACAACAGCAACACCACCACCAACAACCACACCAUUACCACCAACAUCUACCACCUCAAAACCACCAACAACAACAACAUUACCACCAACAACAACACCAAUACCAACAACAACAACUACACCAAUACCACCAACAACAACAACACCAAAGCCAACACCACCAACAACAACAACAACCACACCAAUGCCAACAACAACCACACCAAUACCACCAACAACAACACCAAUACCACCAACAACAACAACACAAAUACCAACAACAACAACAACAACAACACCAAUACCACCAACAACAACACCAAUACCAACAACAACAACCACAACAAUACCAACAACAACACCAAUACCACCAACAACAACUACACCAAUUCCACCAACAACAACCACACCAAUACCAACAACAACACCAAUACCACCAACAACAACAACACAAAUACCAACAACAACAACAACAACACCAAUACCAACAACAACCACACCAAUACCACCAACAACAACACCACCAAUACCUCCAACAACAACAACACCAAUACCACCAACAACAACACCAACAACAACUACAACACCAACAACACCAACAACUACAACACCAAUACCACCAACAACAACCACACCAAUACCACCAACAACAACAACACCAAAGCCAACACCACCAACAACAACAACAACCACACCAAUGCCAACAACAACCACACCAAUACCACCAACAACAACCACACCAAUACCAACAACAACACCAAUACCAACAACAACAACACAAAUACCAACAACAACAACAACAACACCAAUACCAACAACAACCACACCAAUACCACCAACAACAACAACACCAAUACCACCACCAACAACAACACCAACACCACCAACAACAACCACCACACCAAUGCCAACAUCAACCACACCAAUACCACCAACAACAACCACACCAACACCACCAACACCACCAACAACAACAACCACCACACCAAUAAUGACAACAACCACACCAAUACCACCAACAACAACCACACCUAAACCACCAACUACAACAGAAGCCAUAACUCUAACCACAACCCCAACGACAACAGAAGGAUCAACCACAACCCCCAGGACAUCUGAAGAAUCAACCACAACCCCAACGACAACAGAAGAAUCAACCACAACCCCCAGGACAACUGAAAAACCAACCACAACCACCCCUGUCACAGACACCACAACCACUAAAGCUCCUACAACAACACCUAAACCACCUACUACAACUGAAGCCACAACUCCAAUGACAUCCAUAUCACCAACAACCCAUGAAUCGGUUGUCACUGGUCCUCCAAUAACUGUUCCGACACCUCCAAUUACAGGAAGUGUAGUCAGUUCAAUACCAACCACAACUGGGACACCAACCCCACCACCAAUCACUUGUCCUGAGUGGGACAAAGUGCAAAAUGAGACUUUCUGGCUCUGCAACUGCACUUUGGCCAGAUGUAUUGAAAACAACACCAUUGAGAUAAUUCCAUAUGAAUGCCCAGAGCCUGAGCCAAUCACAUGUACUAAUGGCAAGAAACCAGUGCUACAGUGGGAUGAGUUCUACUGCUGCCAACACUACGUGUGUGAUUGCGUCUGUGAGGGUUGGGGAGACCCCCAUUAUAUCACCUUCGACGGGCUCUUCUACAGCUUCCAAGGGAACUGUACCUAUGUGCUGAUGGAGGAGAUGUGGCCACGUCACCACUUUAAGAUCUACAUCGACAAUGUAAACUGUGAUCCCACCGAGGAUGUGUCUUGUCCUCGAGCCAUCAUCGUGUCCUACCGCUCAACAGUUAUAACACUGAAGAAUCACAACCUCAUUGGAGCUGCUCAGUUGGAGGCUCUUAUUGAUGGAGUUUCCCUGAGACUACCCUUCACACGGCACGGUGUGAAGGUGAUGAACUCUGGUAUCAACAUGGUCUUGGAGAUAGCACAACUCCAGGUGGUAGUUACCUUUGGUGUCACUGGCUUCAGCGUCAACCUUCCUUGGCAACACUUUGGCAACAAUACACAGGGUCAUUGUGGAACAUGUAGCAACAACCAGGCUGAUGACUGCAUGUUGCCUGGAGGUCAGCUGGUGGAGAACUGUGCUGUGAUGGCAGACUACUGGCCAGCCAAGGACCUUUACCAGCCUGACUGCCAUGUGCCACCUGGAAUCCCCACCAACUCUCCUCUCCCUGAACCCACACAGAAGCCAUGCAAGCCAGACUCCUCUGUCUGUGAUCUCCUAAAGGACAGCAUUUUUGCAGCCUGUCAUCCAUUUGUCUCACCUGACAACUUCUUCAAGGGCUGUGUCUAUGACAGCUGCCACGUGUCCAACCCAGCGGUGGAGUGCACCAGUCUGCAGACAUACGCUGCUGCCUGUGCCCAGUUUGGAGUAUGCAUCUACUGGAGAAACCACACCGCCCUAUGUGCCAGCGACUGCCCAGCUGACAAAGUCUACAAGCCCUGCGGUCCUGCCGAACAGCCAACCUGUGAUGAUAAUCCAGACGAGUCUAGGAUGAACUUCACCACAGAAGGCUGCUUCUGUCCUGAUGGGAUGAAACUCUUCAACAAGGACUCAGGGAUCUGUGUUGAUAAGUGUGGAUGCAUUGACCCUGAAGGUGUUCCGCGAGAGUUCAACGAGAGGUUUGAGUACAAGUGCCAGGAUUGCGUUUGUUUGGAGUCCACCAAGACUGUGACCUGUAAACCCAAGGUCUGCUCCAAACCACCAGUAGAGAUAUGCACUGGGCCAGGCUUUGUAUAUGUCAACCAAACCGAUCCAUCGGAUCCAUGCUGCUCCAGCCUCGUCUGCCGUUGUGACAGCAGCACUUGCCCACCUACCAACAUGAACUGUCCUAUUGGGUUCGUGCCAGUGGUUUCAGUCCCUGAGGGAAAAUGCUGUCCAGAGCACACAUGUGAGCCUAAAAGAGUUUGUCUUCACAAAGGCAUUGAAUACCUGCCUAAUUCUAAAGUACCAGGAUCAGAGUGCCAGGAGUGCACCUGCACCAACAAAGUGGACCCCAAGUCUGGUCAUUACCAAAUUGACUGUGGAUUCAUGCAAUGUGACGAAGAUUGUGAAAAGGGAUAUGAGUACCAGGAGCCAGGCUAUUCUUCAGAUGACUGCUGUGGUAAAUGUGUUCAGACCCACUGUGUCCUCCAGAUCAAUGGGACCAAGCAGUUGUUGAAGCAUGGAGAUACAUGGUCAGCUCCUGGUGAUAAGUGCCAGCAGUACAGCUGUGUGAAAAAUGGUGAUAGUUAUCUGACCCAGAGCUCCAACAUCCAUUGCCCACCCUUCCAGGAGGCCAACUGCCAGCCUGGUUCAAUUCAGACCGCUGCAAACGGCUGCUGUAGAAUUUGUGUGGAGAAGGACAAGGCCUGUAAGAAAGGAUCCAUGAAGAGUUUCAUCAACCACAUGAGCUGCCAGUCUAUUGAGGAGGUGGAGAUGCCGUACUGUGAGGGAUCCUGCAACACCUUCACCAAGUACUCUGCGAUGGCUGCGUCUCUGGACCACUCGUGUGCGUGUUGCCAGGAGUCCCGGUCCAGUAACCGUACGGUGGACCUACAGUGUCUGAAUGGAGAUGUGGUGCCCUACACCUACCUACACGUGGAGGAAUGUAGCUGCAGACACAGCGACUGCCACAAAGCCAUUAGGGUGCCUGCCCGCAAGACACGCAGCAACACGCUGGUCUAAAUGGGAUCCGUACUAAUCCAGAUGGGACUAGUCCAGCACCAAUCCACUCGCUGCUUACUAAGGAACCCCCUGCUACCCUGCUUCACAUGGCUGUUAUUUAUCUAAUCGCUUGGUUUAUAUAUAACAUGUAGAUUAAAUGAUAUUUAAAACGAAGAAAUGUAGAAACUUGUGCUUACUUAUCUUAUUAAAAUGCAACCUUCAAAUA